AUGGGGCGGGCCGGAUGUCGUCCCCGGGCCUUGAAUUGGACACCAUUGUUUCAGAGUCAUAGCGGCCAUUUGACGUAAACUACGAACCAAAAUGCGGCCAGCGACAAAAAUGAGUUUGACAUCCCUGGUCCACGGAGAUGUGGCAUCUAAUAUUGACAUCAACCCGGCACCGGUGGAGCACAGAAGUGGAUUCUUUUUAAUAAGAACGCCUUCGACGAGCAUGUAUGCGGGGAACAGCGACAUCCAGUGGACAACAAUACGAGCACCUCAAAUACAAAAACGCGCGUAUUAGCUAAAUCGAGCUCAUUUGAGAGCAUUUGUAUCUUACCGUAUACAGACGCCAUAUAUACUUAUGGCCUUAAAGUGUUUUUCUUGCAAAUAUUUACUGUAAUUAGUGAUAAAGAGUCCGGCCCGUUCCGAUUUACGGAAACAUUCGGAUUACGUCUACGUCGUAGGUGAGUAACUCCGUCGUAAAUCGAGGACCUCCUGAAAUUGGAACUGUGGAUUAAACUCUAUCGAAAGUGCUGCUAUCUUCUGGUCAUUCACAUUUACGAUACACUUGGCGAUUUCCUCAUUGGCUGCUCCGAGCGUGACGUCACACACGCGACCCCGGAAAUUGAUCAAAACAAACCUCGACGGCGACGCGGAGUUUCUAUUUUGACUUUGGUUGGGUUUUGUUUCGUUCCCACGAAUUUUACCUUUUUUUGUUUAAAGCUAAAUUUAAGUAUCUGUCUGUUUAUACAAUUGGUUUGUGUUGGCUGCGCGUUUUCAGAGUGCAGAAAUGAGCGACUUCCCUAUAAGCCCUCUCGUUUUAAUCGGAGUAGGAUCCAGUUUUGCCUGUUCAGGGCUGUUUUAUCAUUUAUACCAAGAGAAGAAAAGGGAGUUGAUGACGCUGAAGGAAAUACCAGUAUUCCGACCAGAUCAUCAUUUGGCGACAUUGUUGAAAUCAUCGCCCCACAGGAGGCUACAGUACGCCGCAGUUGAAGGCCUGGUCCAGGCAGACGAGAAGCCUCUUACCAGCCAAUUUGUCCCAAGAUGCUAUGGUGUGCUGCAGAAGAUAAAAGUCGUGGAACACGGUGAAUACUGGAACUCCAUCUCUAAAACGUGGAGCCCUCGGCCGACAAACAGGAAAGAAACCAACAACUCUGUGCCCUUCUCUCUCAUCUGCCCUGGCUCCUACCUCGCUGACUUCCAUGUGCAGGUGCAAGACCCCUCAGAGGGCUCGGGGUAUUUCCUGGAGAGGAUUUACCACAGAGUAAGACGAGCCGAGGAGGGCUUGGUGAACGUGGUCUUGCAGGGCAUCAGCGGGGAGCGUGCGGUGGCGAUAGAGGAGAGCGAAGAGAUGCUGCGGGUGGGGAGCAGCCUGACUGUGUUUGGGGAGGUGGUCCUGGAGGGGGGCCACGGGAGGCUGCGGGCUCCGAGAGAUGGCCGAGAGUACCUUCUGGUUCCCACAGACUACAAGCGCUUCAUGGAGCAGCACGAGCGAUCGGCAAGCAUGUGGAAGAUGCUGACGGCCGUUACAGGCGUCAUUGGGGCCUCCGUACUAGCCGGUGUGAUUUACAACACGGCGGGAAAACAAGAUGAUCGAUCCAAAUAGAUGUACCGUGAUAGUUAUUGCGGUCCUGUCUCAGGUUUGUCUCACAUUUGAAAUUUUUGCACUCUGCUAAAUGGGGAAAUUAACAGAAAUCCCCCUAUUCCGGUUGGUUCUAUUUCCUCUGGACAGAUACAAAUGUAAUCAUUAAUUAAGUAAUCAUGGAUUGGGAAAGACCCCUGAAUCCAAACAUUCCCACUGACACCACAAAGUCUUCCCACAAAGGUGGGAGCCAUUGUAGCUGUGGACCAACUCCAUAUUUCUGUCCAUUUUCCCCUUGCAGGUGUAGCAGCCAGGUGUCCCGAUACUUUUGCUAAAUAACUGUGGGAUUUCAGGGUUUUCAUUCACAGCCAUCCCUGCGGAUUCACUUAAUUGACUUGAUUUAAAAAGCAAAAGGCUUUCUGAUAACCAUGUGACCGCGUUUCAGUCGUCUGAGAUCGUACCUGAGCCAACAUUCAACAUUUGAACAGUCGAAGAAAUGUGAACGGUUUCCAAGUUAUGAAUGGACUGCGGAUGAAAGUUUCAGAGGCAAUUGAUAAGGGAUGAACCACUAACUUGCAAUGUCUGACUAAUUUUAUUUUUGCUUGUCUUGUUUUACACCGUACAAUGUAAUGCAUAUGAUUCACUAUCUCUAAUAGAUAUUUUAAAUAAUUUGAUGUAGUAUCGUUGGUUUUCGGUGAAAAUGGUUUCAGACAGUGGCGUUGCGGUUGGAAUACAUGUGUCGACACACCUCUCAAAAGCUGAAACAAAUGAAAGUUUCCACUUCUUCUCAAGGAGUCCCAGAGUCUCUUCUUUCCUUUGGCUAAUUCCAUUCACAGCAUACACACAUGACAAGUUGUACAGAGUAAAUAACAAUGGAACCUUGGGUUCUGCUCCAUUGUCGAGUUCUUUUUCUGCUUUGACCGUUCUAAACGGCUGUUUAUUCUCCGUCUUCCUCGGACGAUUCCUCAGCCUCCCUCAGCCACUGGAUGAACUUCAGAAGCUUUGGGGACAGUAGAGAAAAGCAGGCCAACAUUUGUAAAAGUGACACUCUUCUUAGCAUUAAUAUAGUCUCACAUGCACACAAACUAACCUUUCCCACAUUUCAACCCCAAACCUAAAUGUAUUUUAUUGGGAUGUCAUUGACCAACACUAACUGGCAAAUAAUUGUGAAGUGGAAAGAAAUAAUAAAAUCUGAAAAGUGGCACGCAUAGUCCCCACAAUAUAAUGAA